ACACUAGGAGAGCGAAGUAACAUGGCAGAGAGGUAACGGGGCAGUAGACAGGGACCUGGAGCUGGGUCAAGGUGGCUACAUGGAAUUGAGGUGGAAAGGACCAUAACCCGCAGACAUGGAUUCCCAGUCUUUAGAUGGCUGCAUCCAGAAGACGCUCUCAUCUCUUUACCCACCCUUCGAGUACACAGCAGCUACUGUACUCUGCCAAGUCUUGGAUGUAGUGGAGAAAACUUAUCGUGGGGACGGGCUAAGCUAUCUCAUCGAUUUUCUGAUUCCUGCAAAGCGUGUUUUGCAGAGCCUGCAGCAGGAAGCUUGUUUGCAGUAUUGUGGGUUGCUAUUCAGACAUGCAGGAUGGCCUCUGUGUAUCCAUGAGAAGAUUGUUCUUCAACUAGCAUCCAUAGAUUGGAGACUUCUUCAGCCUGGUGAUUUUUACUUCCAGGUUGUGCCUUACUUAAGAAAGUGCCUGGCACAGGAUUAUCAUAACAUUGAGGAGCUGGUCCUCCCAGAAGUAUCCUACACAUCAAUUUUCACCUUGGAAUGGUUAGAAUUCAUCAACUCAGGACGAAUGGGGACAUCUCUGGAGAACUGUCUCCUGAUGUGUGAUGACCAGAUCUUUAGGGUUCCCUGGGAAAGGGUUGUUCAUCCAGAAUUUAUAGAUAAAGCACAGCCUCCUGAUGAAAAUGCUAGUGACAAAAAGACAACUGGAUUGUACCUGGAAUGCAACAAUGAGAUGUCUCAGCCUCUGUGGAGGGAUUUGACAGAUGAGCAUAUUGAAACUCCUGUUAAUGUGGAUUAUGUCUCAAGUGAAGCUUCUUCCACUUUGGAUACUGAGUUUCAAGUAAAAACAAGCAUGUCAUCCAGUGAGAUUGAAGGAGAGUAUGUACAACUGUCUGAUAUUUCAGUGCCUCGUUUAGGGCCUCAGAUGGGGUCCCUAACACAGUCUAUAGCCUUAAAUUACAAAAGCCAACAAAAAACAGUUGCUCAACAGACCCAAGAUAAACAAAACCAAGUUGUUUUUCUGGACAGUAGAACUUAUAAAACAAGUGUAGUUUCCUCAGAUAUUAUGCCAACACUUUGUUCUCUGCAGCCUUCCACUAAAGCAACUUUUUCACAUAAACCUACAACUCAACAGAAUAUCGAUGUUCAGGACAAAAUUGUGGACUUGGCCUUUGGAGAAUCUAUAUCAAAAAAGCACUUGAAACAAGAAUCUUCUUUCUCUGCUGGUUCUAUAAAGCAUAGUUUUGUUGAAACUUGUAUUACCCAAAACAAUCAUCAGAAGCAUGAGGACAUUUCAGAGAUUACUGUUCCAGGAAAGGUCAGUGAUACUGGAGAUACUGAUAAGUGCACACAAAGCUGUGAACAGCCAAGUUUACAGGGAGGUAAUUUUAGCACAUCAUUAUCGUUCCAACAGGAAAGCAGAAGCCACUUUAUAAAUGGCACUGAGGAUGUCAGAGUGGUGACAGAUGCCUUACAAGAACCUCCUGCAGAGCAUUCCAGGCCACAAGAGACAGUGUCGGUUGAAUAUUUUCAGUCUUCAAACAAAGCAAUACCUAAAGACCUUAUUCAUUAUACUAUAACUGAUAAAUGUGACCAAAGUUUGCCUUCAAUGGAUACAACAAAGUGUCAGUUUGAGGAACAAAAAUCUAAAGAAAACACAGCUGAUACAGAAGAAAGUCCCAAAAAUAGAAAUGCAGGCAGCCAUAUUUAUUCCUCAGCUGAGUCAAGUGCCUUUGCUGUUUCUGUGUUACAGGAAGGGAAUAAUGUCUUAAAUCUAGACGUUUGCAAAGAGAGUGGGGAGCAGGUUGAUGGUGUUAAUAAAGAACUGGUCAGCAGAGAUUUAGAGAACAUGCAAUUGCAGAAUGCGCUGUCUGUAGAGCAGAGAGAGCAGGAGCCUAAAAGUGACUCCCAUGGAAAGAUUUACACUAUGUUGAACAGUGAACAAGUGGGUACACAUCUCUCUAUGUGUGUGUUGUCUGGGUCAGAUAAAGUACCCCUGACAUUAGAAACUCUUCAUGAAGUUGUAGAAGAUGAGCAGGACCUCGCUGACUUUAACAGUGUAUUGAGCAAUGGUGAAUUGCCACCUUCUGAGGAUAUUUCCAAAACAGCUUUAGGAAAUCUCAAGGACCAGGAAGAAAGGACAGAUCAAGAUCCACAGGAGAACUGUCAGCAAAAUAUGUGCCAAACACCUGCAUUGUCCAGGAGAAGUAAUGCUCAGCCCCUGACUAUAAUGGCUCAGGAUGUGAAUUUAGAAGUUCUGUUAAGUGAAGUGGUAUAUUUGCCCGGAACAAAGGACAAAAGUGGGCGUGCAGUAAUAAUAAUAAACACGAGGAAUACAGCUUGGCUUAAUCCACACUGUAAUGCCUCAGAAUUGGGUCGUUUAUUCCUGUACUUCUACAGCAUUCCAAGGAAAGAUUGCAGAAGCCUGGGCUUAACACUGCUUGUGGAUUCCCGCCGCUGUUCUCCUGUUCCUGCUCUGUUUAAAGCUUUUCAUAUAGUGCAGGCUGCAGUUCCAAGCUGCAUCCAUGGUGUUUUGAUGCUUGUGGAGAAGGAUCUUGCCCUGCAUGUGGAGAAGCCUCAUGGUAUACAGUUUGAUCUUCUUACAUCUACUAAAUCCUUGCACAAACAUAUAGAGGCCUCCCAGCUUCCACUGGAAUUUGAUGGCUUAUUUCGAUACUGCCACAAAGACUGGGUAACAUUUAGGAUGAAACUGGAGCACCUACAAGAAAAUUGCCGUAAUGCUUGUGCAUUUUUGCAGGAUGCCAUAAAAAAUCUGCACAUUGACUCUCUUCCAAAUAAAGCUGAGGAUGCUAAACUUCUCCUGCAAAAAUUUGGAGAGUUGAUGAGGAUGGUUCUGGAAGACACAAGACUUGUGCAGCUGCAGAAAGAGGGAGGAGCCAUUUUAGCGAGACUAAGGAAAGAGGAGUCAUGUGUAACACUUACUGAGGAUUAUAGGGAGGCUGUAGAUGUGGCAGCUGAGCUGUAUAACCAGGUGGAUGAAGGGGUUCACAGUCUUGUUAAAGUAUCCAACAAGCGUAUACAAGAGAUGGAACUAGUCAUUGAGUUUGAGGCUUUCCAGGAACAAUUUCAGGAGGUUGGCAGUUGGAUUGAGCAUGUAGGAGAACGUUUACUAAAGGAGUGCAAUACCCUGGAAGAUUCUCUGGAAGUUCUUCUUCAAACACAGAGACAAUUUAAAGAAUUUUAUGUUGUUGCAUGUGAGUAUUGCAGGCGAGGCCAGGAUAUUAUGCAGAAGAUGGAGAAGUGGCAGGAUCUUUCAUCCAGUGAGACCCAAAUACACAGAUUAAAAUUGCAAAGGUGUAAAGAAAAGGUUGAAGAUUUUUGGCGGCGCCUGGAAGAAUCUAGAUAUCAGCUGGAGAAAUCUGUGACACUUUAUCAAUUUUUUGACAAGGCUUACGAAUGGGCUCUGGAAAGGAUGCGGCAUCUGGCCUCCUUUAGCUUGGAUGACUGUAGCUCACCAGAGAUGUGCUUGUCUGCAAUUGAGGGCUUGGAGAGGUACAAAAUUCAGCAUCCAGAAAUUAGUGAGGAGAAAUUCAUGGAGAUGAAAGAACUUGCCUGUGAGUUGAAGAUUGAGAAAGCCACCAAGCAAUGGAAGUUUGCCUGGUCUAAGUGCCAGGAGGCUCGACAUGUUUUGGAGAAAAAGCUGGAGGCUGCAUUACGGGCAAAAAGUAUGUUGUCUGGGGAGCAAAGCUCACCAAGAGAAGCUGAUGGAAUGGAACAGAAAGAACUAUUAGAAAGUAACAGGAAUAAGUACUUUUUCCAAAGCAAACCAUACAAUUCACCUCUCUGCCCAAGAGAAAGGAGACUGGGUAGAGUAUUGUGCAACAGGCCUGAAAUAGGGAACACAGAUGACCAUACAACACGCAAAGCCAGUCCCACCUCAGAUGCAGGCUCUACAGUUACAUCAGUGUUUAGAACACGCAAAAUGUCUCUGCAGAGUAUCUCUGGAGAGGAUCUUAGUCUCGAUCUCCUCCAUAUUGCCCCUUCAGGCUCCUCAACCCCCACUGUUACACCACGUCCCUUCACAAGAAGACUGUUAAGAAAGGCACAGAGUUUUGACCUCCCUGGAAGUGAAGGGCCAGGCUAUGGGUGUCAAAGAAGACUGAGUGAGCCGACAAGGCGUGGCAACACUGGAGUGUUCAUUAAAGGGCUUGAAGUAAGUAGCACAGAACUUGUAGACCGACCCUGCAGCCCAAGACAGACCCGUGACUGGUCAGCUGAGUGUAUGUACAGUGAAAGAAGGUGCAGUGUGUCCUCAUCUGAUGGGAGGAGCCGCAGCAGCAAGCUCCGUCACAUUAUUGAUGAAAUGGUGACGACAGAGCGAGAGUAUGUGCGCUCUUUAUGGUACAUCAGUGAGAAUUACUUCCCAGAGAUGGAGCGCGUGGACCUGCCCCAGGAUCUAAGAGGAAAACGAGGAAUCAUUUUUGGGAACCUGGAGAAGCUCAGAGACUUCCAUAGCCAAUAUUUUCUAAAGGAGCUGGAGAGCUGUUGUAAUCACCCUUUGCGAGUCAGCCACUGCUUUCUCAGACAUAAAGACCAGUUUGGGAUGUAUGCUUUAUAUAGUAAGAACAAACCACGUUCUGACGCCUUGCUUGGCAGCCAUGGGAACAUUUUUUUUAAGAAUAAACAGUUCCUUCUGGGAGACAAGAUGGAUCUAGCUUCCUAUCUUUUGAAGCCAAUCCAGCGAAUGAGCAAAUAUGCCCUGCUUUUAAAGGACCUAAUUAAGGAGUGUGAAGAGGCACAAGAACAAGAGCUUGCUUACCUGCGUGCAGCUGAGGAAAUGGUGAAGUUCCAGCUUCGUCAUGGCAACGACCUGCUUGCAAUGGAUGCCAUUCGAGACUGUGAUGUAAAUUUGAAAGAGCAGGGCCAGUUAGUGAGGCAAGAUGAGUUCACAGUUUGGCUUGGUCGGAAGAAGUGCCAGAGACAUGUUUUUCUGUUUGAGGAUCUCAUUUUGUUCAGCAAGCCUAAACGCAUCGAGGGUGGGCUAGAUGUCUACAUCUAUAAACGCUCAUUUAAAACUGCUGACAUUGGGUUAACAGAAAAUUCUGGAGACAGUGGUCUGCGAUUUGAAAUUUGGUUCAGGAGGCGUAAAUCCAGUGAUACACACAUACUUCAAGCAAGCAACCCUGAAACUAAACAUGCAUGGACCAGUGAUAUUGCUAAAAUCCUAUGGCAACAAGCUACCAGAAAUAAGGAAAUCCGAAUGCAGGAAAUGGUUUCUAUGGGAGUUGGCAAUAAGCCAUUCUUGGACAUAAAACCUAGUGACGCAGCUAUAAAUAACAGAGCCGUCGAUUAUAUCAUGAAGGGAAGAGGUGCAAGAACCAGAGCUUCCAUUGCAGUAUCCUUGUUUGAUCACUCAGAUCCUUACAAGAGAGGUCAAGCACCCAUAACCUGCAGUUCAGUAUCUUCUGCUGGAGGACCCUCCUCUUCCUCCUUGCUGGGGCCCCUUAAUCUUCAUACAUAUGUCAAUCAAUCUCUUCUGUCAGGAGUGUUUUCAACCAGCAGACCCUUUGACACUAGCAGUUGCCUUGAAGAGGAUGAAUUGGAGAAUGAGACAAACAGCAGCCAGCCUUCCAUGACCACUGAGAGCUCGGAGUCUUCACAGUGUAUGUCUGGUGCUGGGUCCAGCGGUUCAGACAGUGGUUGCGUGUCUAACAUUCCCCAGGACAAUGUAUCAGAGGAUGCUGGAUCUCCUUCUGAUGCAUCUGCUCCCUAUUCCAUUCAAGAAAGGAGAAACAACUCCAGCUCAAGGUUUCCACGAGCGGAAAAAAGCAAAUUUAUCAACCGCCAAUAUAUUUCUGCUAACCCAAGCCACAUAUGCUUAAGCCCUUCCACCAUAGUCUGAUCUUCCUUCUAACCUGUGUGUUUCAGUUUGAAGAAGCCUUUCCAGUGUAUGGGACACGUGCUUGAGGCCCAUAAUCAAGAAUCUGUAUCAGACUCCAAGUCUCCCAUGAUGAAUUUGCACCCACUGCUUCCAGAGCUCUUCAGUAGUUUUUCUUACACUCGCUAAUUAGUUAGCCACUUACAUUUAUAUGUAUUAUUUGAGAAAAUAUGUAAAUAGUUUAAUAAGCCAGCAGCUGUAGUUUAGUGUUUAACACAUGUAGCACUAGUGGAUCAUUUAGUGCUUGAUUCUUGGCACUCUUUUGCUAAAGAAGAUGAAUAUUUAGGCUGCACAGUUUGUAAAAUUUGUUGAAAAAAAGCUAUUUAAGUAACCUCUCAAAAAUAGAAUAACUUUCUAUAUCAUUUUUCAUUGUUGAACUGGAAUUUGAUAAGUGUCUUAUUUUGUAAUAGUUGUACCCAAAUUAGAAAUAAUUUAUUUAAUGGUGAUAAUACUUAAAUCUGAAUAAACAGAUUUCUUUGUGUUUUGAGUUGAUUUUU